UACUUUGACAAGUUAGUUGAGAUUUCUGUUAGAUCAUUGACAAAAGAUGGCGGCAAUGAACAAGGAUUUUCCCUCUCUGCUGCUAUUGUGCAUUUUGUUCUUCAAAAGGAUGGAGUACUACAUGCUAGAGAGAUGUAUAAACUGUAGGUCAUUUCAUAAUGAGCUAGAUAUUCUUAACCCCAGGGGAUACAUAAGAAGCUUCAUCGCUUUACCACACCCUGGACUUGCACUAUAUAGAGCCUGCAUUGAAUUGGAAUCAAACCUUGCAUCCAUUAGUGACAAAGAUAGCCUCGUCAAUGCCAGGAAAUUAUAUGAAUCUGCACUUAAAACUUAUGACCAAGAUUUGAGCUUAUGGCGAGAUUACUAUUUGAUGGAGACCAAGAUGGGAACAUCAGAAACAGCUUCUGCCGUACAUUGGCACGCACACAAGAUUCUAAAAGACACGACUGCACUUGUUACACCAGAUUUGUAAUCGUUGUUAUGUGAAAUGAUUUCAGUUUUGACCUCAUGUUUAAGAUAUUCACCUCUUUGAAUGUGGUUGAAUUUCAGUUGGAUCCUAAUAUUAAUGGAAUCAGGUAGUAGUUAUAAGUUUUGUUCUCUUU